AUGAACAGUAUGCCAGUAUUAAAUAACUUACAAAAUGAACAAAGUUCUAGUUCAAAAAGUUGCGACGCUUUUUUAUCGUCACAUCCACGUGCUUUCAAUUCUAACUUCAUAGUUAAUACCAUGCUUAAAUCGCAAUAUCAAAACUCAGAAUGUCCAUUUUUAAAUAAUUAUUCAAUCCUAAGACCCUGCUGGAAAGUGUAUCGCUGUCAACUCAAUACCAAAGAAGAGACCUGUUGCUGUUCAUGCAAUUCUGAUGCUAUGUUCGAAGUAAUGAAAAGUCUAUACGAUUGCUAUAAAAAAAAAAAUUGUGACAAUUGUAAUUGUAUUCUAUGUGCACAUUUACCUAGAGAAGAAAGACGUCUAGGGGAAUUACGAAAAUUAGGAAAAACAGAACAAUUAUCCCUCGUCCCGCUUUCAGAAUUUAUGACACCAGCAUAUAUAAAACAAAUACCACCGAAUAAAGUAGAGAAAUUAAAGGCAGCGGGUCUUUUGACGCCAUUGGAAGGUAAAAGUUCAGAUAAAAAGGAGGAAAUACUAAGAGGAUUAGCAAUGAAUGGUAUUCCUUUGCCAAAGGGUAAAACAACAUCUGAGAAAAAGCUUUUAGAUAAAAUUAGAAAAGAUGUUGGUCUUCCACCAGAACCAAAAAGUCCAUCUGCUAAAAAGAAAUAUGAAAAAGCUAUGGCUUCGGGUCUUAUAACGCCUCUUUUCGGGAAGUCUUUACCUGAGAAAGAAAGAAUUUUGAAAGGCCAGGCUGAUUUAGGCAUGCCAAUACCAGAAGGAAAAACUGCAUCUGAAAAAAAAUUAAUUGAAAAGGUACGCACUGAAGUUGGGCUUCCACCUAUACCCAAAACUCCGUGGGACAAAAAGAAAUAUGAAAAAGCUAUGGCUUCAGGUCUUAUAACACCUCUCGUAGGAAAGACUGCAUCUGAAAAAGAAAUAAUUUUGAAAGAUCUCGCAAUGAAAGGCAUGCCACUACCAGAAGGAAAAACAGCGUCGGAAAAACAAUUAAUUGAUAAGGUUCGUGCUGAAGUUGGCCUCCCACCUACACCUAAAACUCCAUCGGCUAAAGAAAAGUAUGAUAAAGCAUUUGCAGCUGGGCAUAUAGUACCACUAGAAGGCAAAAGUCGUUCACAGAAAGAAAAGAUUUUAAGAGAGCAAGCUAAAUUAGGUGUGCCUUUACCUGAGGGUCGAACUCCAUCUGAAAAAUCUUUAAUUGCUAAAGUACAAGCUGAGUCUCUACCAGAUAGAAUCAAAAGGGCAAAAGCAGGUAUGAUGACACCUUUGCGUGGAAAAACGCCAGAACAAAAAGAAAGUAUAUUGAAAGAAUUGGUUUUGCAUAAAAUUCCUCUUCCUGAAGGUAAAACAGCCUCCGAAAAACAAAUUAUUAAUAAAGUUCGUAAAGAUCUCGGGUUGCCACCAGAACCAAAGUCAAAAGAUGAAAAAGCUAAGUACAAUGAAGCCAUCAUUGCUGGUAUAAUUACUCCUCUAGAAGGUAAAAGUCAAUCUCAAAAAGAAAAGAUACUACAAGCACAAGCUCACAUGGGAAUUCAACUACCAGAAGGCCGAACUGCCUCUGAAAAAUCUCUUAUAAAACGAAUUAAAAAAAAGACAUUACCUCCAGAAAAAAGAAAACAGCUCGAUGAAAAAACUUUAAAAGUUGUAAAAGAAGGUAAAGGACCAAGUGACGAAUGUAUAUGUGACGUAAUAGCGCCAGAAAUAGGAUAUGAAAAACGCCUGCCUUACAGAAUACCAUCUAAGAAAUUAAGAGAAGCAAAAGCUGCAGGCUUAUUAACACCACUAGAAGGCAAAACCGCUGAACAAAAGGAGAGAAUUAUUACAGGGUUAGCAAAGGCUGGUUUACCUUUACCUGAAGGUAAAACAGCUUCAGACAAAGCAUUAAUAAAUAAGAUUCGCGCCGAUAUAGGAUUACCUCCAGAACCAACAACACCAUCCUUAAAGGAAAAAUAUAAUAGAGCCCUUGAUGCAGGCUUAAUAACACCCUUACAAGGAAAAUCUGAGCAACAGAAAGAAAAAAUUCUCCGACGUCAAGCGGAAAUGGGUCUGCCCCUGCCGGAAGGUAGGACUCCUUCAGAAAAAGAUCUUAUAGCGAAAGUUAUAGCCACAACGCCACCAGUUAUAAAAAUAAAAUCAGAAAAAUUGCGUAAAGCUAAAGCUGCCGGACUUCUUACACCACUAGCAGGUAAAUCGCCGGAACAAAAAGAAAAAAUUCUUAAAGGGUUGGCCAUGCAUGGAAUUCCAUUACCAGAACCUAAAACAAGUUCUGAAAAAAAUAUUAUUGAUAAAGUGCGUGCUGAGGUCGGUCUUCCUCCCGAGCCAAAAACAAAACAAGAGAGACAGAGGUAUGAUAGAGCUAUCGCUGCUGGAAUAAUUACUCCUUUACAAGGAAAAUCACCGUCAAUGAAAGAAAAAAUCCUUCGAGGUCAGGCGGAAAUGGGCCUACCUCUACCAGAAGGUAGGACGCGAUCAGAAAAGGAUCUUAUAGCAAAAGUUAGAGCAACAACACUACCACUUUCAAAAGUACACAUGCCAUUAAAAUCGGAGAAAUUGCGUAAAGCUAAAGCUGCCGGAAUACUAACACCAUUAGACGGUAAAUCACCUGAACAGAAAGAAAAAAUUCUCAAAGGUUUAGCCAUGCAUGGAAUUCCUUUACCAGAGCCUAAAACUAGUUCAGAAAGAAAUAUUAUUGAUAAAGUGCGGGCGGAAGUCGGCCUUCCCCCAGAGCCAAAAACAAAACAAGAAAAAGAGAUGUAUGAUAGGGCUAUCGCUGCUGGAAUAAUUACUCCAUUGCAAGGAAAAUCACCUUCACAAAAAGAAAAAAUCCUUCGGCGUCAGGCUGAAAUGGGUCUUCCACUACCAGAAGGUAGAACACAUUCAGAAAAAAGUCUUAUUGCAAAAGUGAGAGCAACAACGCCACCAAUUCCAAAAAUAAAAUCAGAAAAAUUGCGUAAAGCAAAAGCUGCCGGACUACUAACACCAUUAGAAGGUAAAUCUCCAGCACAAAAAGAAAAAAUUCUUAAAGGUUUAGCCAUGCAUGGAAUUCCUUUACCAGAGCCUAAAACAAGCUCUGACAGAAAUAUUAUAGACAAAGUGCGUGCUGAAGUCGGUCUGCCUCCAGAGCCAAAAACACGACAAGAAAGACAAAGAUAUGAUAGAGCUAUCGCUGCUGGAAUAAUAACUCCAUUGGAAGGAAAAUCACCUUCACAAAAAGAAAAAAUACUUCGAGGUCAAGCGGAAAUGGGCCUGCCACUUCCAGAAGGUAGGACGCCUUCAGAAAAAGAUCUCAUAGCAAAAGUACGAGCAACAACACUACCACUUUCAAAAGUACAUAUACCAUUAAAAUCAGAAAAAUUGCGUAAAGCCAAAGCUGCCGGGAUACUUACACCAUUAGCAGGUAAAUCACCGGAACAAAAAGAAAAAAUUCUCAAAGGAUUGGCCAUGCAUGGGAUUCCUUUACCAGAACCUAAAACUAGUUCAGAAAGAAAUAUUAUUGAUAAAGUGCGGGCAGAAGUCGGUCUUCCCCCAGAGCCAAAAACAAAACAAGAGAAAGAGAUGUAUGACAGAGCUAUCGCUGCUGGACUAAUAACUCCAUUGCAAGGAAAAUCACCGUCACAAAAAGAAAAAAUUCUGCGUGAACAGGCUGAAAUGGGACUGCCUCUGCCGGAAGGUAGGACUCCUUCAGAAAAAGACCUUAUAGCAAAAGUGAAAGCAACAACACCACCAAUUCCAAAAAUAAAAUCAGAAAAAUUGCGUAAAGCUAAAGCUGCCGGACUGCUCACACCAUUAGAAGGUAAAUCUCCAGCACAAAAAGAAAAAAUUCUUAAAGGUUUAGCCAUGCAUGGAAUUCCUUUACCAGAGCCUAAAACAAGCUCCGAAAGAAAUAUUAUAGAUAAAGUGCGUGCUGAAGUCGGUCUGCCUCCAGAGCCAAGAACCCGACAAGAGAGACGCAGGUAUGAUAGAGCUAUCGCUGCUGGAAUAAUUACUCCGUUACAAGGAAAAUCACCAUCAAUGAAAGAAAAAAUCCUUCGAGGUCAGGCGGAAAUGGGCCUACCUCUACCGGAGGGUAGGACGCGAUCAGAAAAAGAUCUUAUAGCAAAAGUCAGAGCAACAACAUUACCACUUUCAAGAGUACACAUGCCAUUGAAAUCAGAAAAAUUGCGUAAAGCAAAAGCUGCCGGGAUACUUACACCAUUAGCAGGUAAACCGCCGGAACAAAAAGAAAGAAUUCUGAAAGGAUUAGCCAUGCAUGGGAUUCCUUUACCAGAACCAAAAACUACUUCAGAAAGAAAUAUUAUUGAUAAAGUGCGGGCGGAAGUCGGUCUUCCCCCAGAGCCAAAAACAAAACAAGAAAAGGAGAUGUAUGAUAGGGCUAUCGCAGCUGGAAUAAUUACUCCAUUGCAAGGUAAAACACCGUCGCAAAAAGAAAAAAUUCUGCGUGAGCAGGCUGAAAUGGGACUGCCUCUGCCAGAAGGUAGGACUCCUUCAGAAAAAGAGCUUAUAGCAAAAGUGAGAGCAACAACGCCACCAAUUCCAAAAAUAAAAUCAGAAAAAUUGCGUAAAGCUAAAGCUGCCGGACUUCUUACACCAUUAGCAGGUAAAUCGCCAGCACAAAAAGAAAAAAUUCUUAAAGGUUUAGCCAUGCAUGGAAUUCCUUUACCAGAGCCUAAAACAAGCUCUGACAGAAAUAUUAUAGACAAAGUGCGUGCUGAAGUUGGUCUGCCUCCAGAGCCAAAAACCCGACAAGAAAGACAAAGAUAUGAUAGAGCUAUCGCUGCUGGAAUAAUAACUCCAUUGGAAGGAAAAUCACCUUCACAAAAAGAAAAAAUACUUCGAGGUCAGGCGGAAAUGGGCCUACCUCUACCAGAAGGCAGGACGCCUUCAGAAAAAGAUCUUAUCGCAAAAGUAAGAGCAACAACACUACCUCUUUCAAAAGUACACAUGCCGUUGAAAUCGGAAAAAUUGCGUAAAGCAAAAGCUGCCGGAUUUCUUACACCAUUAGCAGGUAAACCACCGGAACAAAAAGAAAAAAUUCUAAAAGGAUUGGCCAUGCAUGGAAUUCCUUUACCAGAACCUAAAACUAGUUCAGAAAGAAAUAUUAUUGAUAAAGUGCGGGCAGAAGUUGGCCUUCCCCCAGAGCCAAAAACAAAACAAGAGAAAGAGAUGUAUGACAGAGCUAUCGCUGCUGGACUAAUUACUCCAUUGCAAGGAAAAUCACCGUCACAAAAAGAAAAAAUUCUGCGUGAACAGGCUGAAAUGGGACUGCCUCUGCCGGAAGGUAGGACUCCUUCAGAAAAAGACCUUAUAGCAAAAGUAAGAGCAACAACGCCACCAAUUCCAAAAAUAAAAUCAGAAAAAUUGCGUAAAGCUAAAGCUGCCGGACUUCUUACACCAUUAGCAGGUAAAUCGCCAGACCAAAAAGAAAAAAUUCUUAAAGGGUUGGCCAUGCAUGGAAUUCCUUUACCAGAGCCUAAAACAAGCUCCGAAAGGAAUAUUAUAGACAAAGUGCGUGCUGAAGUUGGUCUUCCUCCAGAGCCAAAAACCCGACAAGAGAGACAGAGGUAUGAUAGAGCUAUCGCUGCUGGAAUAAUAACUCCAUUGCAAGGAAAAUCACCUUCACAAAAAGAAAAAAUACUUCGAGGUCAAGCGGAAAUGGGCCUGCCACUUCCGGAAGGUAGGACGCCUUCAGAAAAAGAUCUCAUAGCAAAACCAAAAAAUAAACAAGAAAAAGACAUGUAUGAUAGGGCUAUAGCAGCUGGAAUAAUAACACCAUUGCAAGGAAAAUCACCAUCACAAAAAGAAAAAAUUCUGCGUGAACAGGCUGAAAUGGGACUGCCUCUGCCGGAAGGUAGGACUCCUUCAGAAAAAGACCUUAUAGCAAAAGUGAAAGCAACAACACCACCAAUUCCAAAAAUAAAAUCAGAAAAAUUGCGUAAAGCUAAAGCUGCCGGACUGCUCACACCAUUAGAAGGUAAAUCUCCAGCACAAAAAGAAAAAAUUCUUAAAGGGUUGGCCAUGCAUGGAAUUCCUUUACCAGAGCCUAAAACAAGCUCUGACAGAAAUAUUAUAGACAAAGUGCGUGCUGAAGUUGGUCUGCCUCCAGAGCCAAAAACCCUACAAGAAAGAAGGAGGUAUGAUAGAGCUAUCGCUGCUGGAAUAAUAACUCCAUUGCAAGGAAAAACACCUUCACAAAAAGAAAAAAUACUUCGAGGUCAAGCGGAAAUGGGCCUGCCACUUCCGGAAGGUAGGACGCCUUCAGAAAAAGAUCUCAUAGCAAAAGUACGAGCAACAACACUACCACUUUCAAAAGUACAUAUACCAUUAAAAUCAGAAAAAUUGCGUAAAGCCAAAGCUGCCGGGAUACUAACACCAUUAGCAGGUAAAUCACCAGAACAAAAAGAAAAAAUUCUUAAAGGAUUGGCUAUGCAUGGAAUUCCUUUGCCAGAGCCUAAAACUAGUUCAGAAAGAAAUAUUAUUGAUAAAGUGCGGGCGGAAGUCGGUCUUCCCCCAGAGCCCAAAACAAAACAAGAGAAAGAGAUGUAUGACAGAGCUAUUGCUGCUGGACUAAUUACUCCAUUGCAAGGGAAAUCACCAUCACAAAAAGAAAAAAUUUUGCGUGAGCAGGCUGAAAUGGGACUGCCUCUGCCGGAAGGAAGAACCCCUUCAGAAAAAGAUCUUAUAGCAAAAGUAAGAGCAACAGCCCCACCAGUAAUAAAAGUAAAAUCUGAAAAAUUGCGUAAGGCAAAAGCUGCCGGGCUACUUACACCAUUAGAAGGUAAAUCACCGGAACAAAAAGAAAAAAUUCUUAAAGGAUUAGCCAUGCAUGGAAUUCCUUUACCAGAGCCUAAAACAAGUUCAGAAAGAAAUAUCAUGGAUAAAGUUCGUGCGGAAGUGGGCCUACCUCCACAACCGAAAACACGGCAAGAGAAAGAGAGAUAUGACAGAGCCAUCGCUGCCGGAAUAAUAACUCCAUUACAAGGAAAAUCACCUUCAAUGAAAGAAAAAAUCCUUCGAGGUCAGGCGGAAAUGGGCCUACCUCUGCCAGAAGGUAGGACUCCGUCAGAAAAAGAUCUUAUAGCGAAAGUACGCGCAACGACGCUUCCACUUUCAAAAGUACGAAUACCGUUAAAAUCCGAAAAAUUGCGUAAAGCAAAAGCUGCAGGGAUAUUAACACCUUUAGACGGUAAAACACCGGAACAAAAAGAAAAAAUCCUUAAAGGUUUAGCCAUGCAUGGAAUUCCUUUACCAGAAUCUAAAACUAGUUCGGAAAAAAAAAUUAUAGAUAAAGUUCGUGCUGAAGUCGGCCUGCCACCGGAGCCAAAAACACAACAAGAGAAAGAGAUGUAUGAUAGAGCUACUGCGGCUGGAAUAAUAACUCCAUUGCAAGGAAAAUCACCGUCACAAAAAGAGAAAAUUUUGAGAAGUCAAGCGGAAAUGGGCCUGCGUCUACCGGAAGGUAGAACGCGUUCAGAAAAAGAUCUUAUAGCUAAAGUUAAAGCAACAACGCUUCCAAUUCCAAAAGUAAAAUCUGAAAAAUUGCGUAAGGCAAAAGCUGCCGGGCUACUUACACCAUUAGAAGGUAAAUCACCGGAACAAAAAGAAAAAAUUCUAAAAGGAUUGGCCAUGCAUGGAAUUCCUUUACCAGAACCUAAAACUAGUUCAGAAAGAAAUAUUAUUAACAAAGUGCGUGCUGAAGUCGGUUUGCCUCCAGAACCAAAAACACGACAAGAGAAAGAGAAGUACAACAGAGCUAUGGCUGCUGGAUUAAUUACACCACUAAUAGGAAAAUCACCUUCACAAAAAGCAAACAUCUUGCGGGGUCAAGCUAAAUUGGGUCUUCAACUACCUGAAGGCAAUACACCCUCAGAAAAGUCACUUAUAAGGAAAGUUAAGGAAACAACUCCAGUAGAACCUGAAUUCUUAGCGUUGCCUCCAGAAUUAACCAAAUUGGAAAAAAAAACAGCAAAAGUUAUGAAAGAAGGAAAAGCCAAAACAAAAUCUAAAAAAAUUGGGGAAUCAGUUGUGCGCAGGAAAGGUGGUAUUACUGAAGAGUUCGAAGACAUCAUUAAAACGACAACAUGUGAUAGAGGUUGUGGAUGUGAUAAAAAGAAAAUAAGAUUUAAACAUAGUUAUGUAAAAAUAAGAGUUACUUCUCCUGAUAUAUCAUCUUUAUGUCCCUGUCCAGAAGAGUGUGUACCAGGGGUAAAAGGUGGAGUAUUUACUGAUAAUGAAGGUAUAAAAGUAACAGUUGGAAGAGUUACAGGCAUACCCUCUUUUUCGUCAAGAAAAUCAUUUGAUAGUGAUAAAGCUAUUUUAGAACCUUCUAAGAACACAACAUUAAAAAAGAAAAAUAUAUUUGGGAACGAAAACGGUGUUCUUACUUACCAUUAUUCGAAAAAUUAUAAGAAUACUGAUUUGGCUUGUUCUAAAUCUGAAACAAAUGUACAAAAGCUUUAUAUGAAACAAUGUUUUCCACGCAAUUGUAAAACAUGUGGUUCUUACAACAGUAGAGACAUUUUUAAAAAUGAUUGUAAGAAAAUUAGCUCUGUCAGAAUUAUUCAAUCCAUUGAAGGCAACUUUAAUAACUUGAUUUCGUCACAGGAAUAUCUCAUAAAGAAUACUUCAAAAAAUACAAGUUUUGAAUCAAUGUAUUUAUUAAACAGAGAUUCAUCGCUAAGCUUACUGACUUUACCCACUAGUAUUAGUAUAAUAUCGUUUUCGACGACAGAAUCUUCAUCAAAUCCCAGUUUUUAUAAGGAAAGAACAUCGUGUACAAGCCUUAAUUUUUCUGAAUGCUUGCAAAGCACAAAUGAUAGCAGUACUUCAGAGGCCAUAAGAAAUACUUCUUUUGAAAGUUAUGGUUGUUUUCCUGAUACUUAUUCUCAAUUCAGAACAUAUAUUGAAAAUAAUGCCAAACAUAAUAUACUCAUGUUUCGGAUAAAUAAAUCGAAGACAAGUUAUUUGAUGAAAAGGAAAUAUUUCGAUAAAAAGGAAACUGCUAUGAUCGAUAAUGAUCUCGUUAUCAACGACUUCAUUUGCAAUAUACUCUCAAAGAGUCAGAUAUAUAGCACGUCGUCUCUCGUCAUUGUCAUGUCUACCACCUCCGACGAACACAAUUCAAAAUAUUCUCCAAGUGAAAGGCGACAGAGUUCAACGAUUGGCAUAGAUCUAUUAGAAAAUUACAAUAAUUGGAAUAAUAAGGCAAAAAGUUUACAUCGUGAGUUUAACAUUCAUUAA